AUGGAUCAUAUCCUGUGUCUAAGGUUUGAUAAAUUGAGAAAUUAUUUCCCCGACGAAUUAAACAAAUCUACAAAGAAUGAUAUUCAUAGUUUAGGGAAUAUUAAGAAUUAUUGCUCUAAUGGAGAAUCAGAGGAAACAGGAUGUAAGACUGAUCUCGAUAAAAUAAAUGGUGGAUGUCUAUGGUUGUUCGAGCAAAACAUUGUUAAUAGGAUUAAUGAUUUAAGUAAUGAACAACUUAAAGUGUUUAUUAUAUACAUUAUUAUAUGGUUAAAUUAUAUGGUAAACCUAAAGAAAGAUGGCGAAAUCAAAAACCUAAAUGAUUUUUAUACUAAAUAUAUAGAAACUAAUACGCAUUAUACUAAUUGUAAAAAAAAUAAUAAUGAUUGUAAUCAUACAUUAAAAGAAAAAACUGGAUAUAAUAAUUUUAAGGAAAUCAUAGAUAAAAGAAAGGAUUUUGUGAAUAUUAAUUUUGAAUAUAUCCCUAAAUUUUAUGAUGCAUUUAAAUCAUUAUGCAAUAUGUAUACUGAAAUUGAUGCAAACAGCCCCAAUUGCACGAAAUAUUUGAUUGAUGCUAAAAAUUUUGUUGAAAAAUACGAAAAACUUAAUGAUGAUUCUAUAAGUGGAGAUAGUUCAUAUAGACAAAUAUUGUCUACUUUAUCAACUGAUUAUGAUAAUUUUAAAAAUUAUUGUAUUAGCAAUGGUGUUAAUUGUAAAGGUUUUCCACCUCUUUCAUCGAUAAAAAAAAAACAAAAUUCUGAACUUUCUGAAAAAAUUUCUGAUGUUACAUCAUCAAGUUCGUCGAUAAAAAACAAAUUAAUUCCAGUUUUAUCGAUAAUUGUUGCAAUACCAAUAUUAUUGGGAAUUUUUUAUAAGUAUUCGUUAUUUGGAUUUCGGAAACGCUCUCAAAAACAUUUAAGAGAAAAACUAAAAAAAUAA